GAUACCUGGAGGUUGGACUUCGAGUUGAGCUCGGUUACCUCUGCACCCAGUUUGGGAGUGACAGAGUUUAAGGUCACUCUCUCUCAAAACCGGUAUUCCAGAUCAUUUCUCUCCGUUCCAGGAAGUUUGCAUAGCUCUCCGGACUUCUGCUUGCACUGCCCUGCAGGAGUGGGCGGGGAAAGGAAUCGGCUUUGAGGCACACAGAGGGGCUUGGUGAGACCGCCAGAGGAAGCUUCUGUCACCAACGUGAGACCUGUGCCCAGCGUGUCAGCAGAGAGCAUCUCAAAACAUGUGUCCACAUGGUAACUGCUCUGCUUGAAGCCUCCCGUAGCACUGAACACCCCAUGACUGACCGUGGCCCAGUCUGCGACAGCUCCGCCUCCUCUCCUGUGGUGAACACCCAACCUGCUGAGACUCCUCCCGCAGUUCCUAAACAUGCUUGCAUUUCUGCUGCCUCAGGGCCUUUGCGAAGGUUGUUCCCUGUAACCGGAAUGCCCUUCCUUCCCUUUUUAAUUCAGAAGGCUGCAAUUUUAAUUGAAGAAAAUUCCCUUCCAAGGUUCACGAGUUGCCUGACUUGCCCACCAGCUUCCUGCAGGAUCCCUUGGCCUGGCACUUAGUGCUUAGGAAACAUUUGUUGAUGGAUCAACUGAGUGGGAGGUGGGAUCUGGUGGGAAGGAAAGCGGGAAGGUGGAAAUUCUGCUCACUUCCUCAUUGCCACCUCCCAAGGAACCCCUGGUGUCCCUGUGGAACCCGCUUUGGGAACCAGUGGUUCAGGUCAGCCUUUACACUUUGUACUCAAAGCCACAUCGUAUUGAAGCCACAGGUGAGGCCAAGGUCAUGACCUGGGUCUCCAAAUCCCUUCACCCUAUCCGGUUCUGCAGCGGGGAUUAUGGGAGUCCCACAAUUUGUUUUCAAAGGAUGUCACGGCUCCAGGACAGGAUACCCUUGGUCACCUGAUGGCAGGUGUGGUGGUUGGAAAGGGCCUGGCUUCAGCUCCAGGUACACUUCCUCCUUCCUUCUAUUCCCUGGUGUAGCCUCUUCCACGUCCUGAGAAUCCAGCUGAUACUCGUUCUGCGGCCUCUCAGCUCUAGGGCCCCCUCCUGCACACUGGCCCCGGAGCUACUCUGACGCAUGGAUCCCCUGGGCCCAGCCAAGCCACAAUGGCCGUGGCGCCGCUGUCUGGCCGGGCUGCUGUUUCAGUUGCUGGUGGCUGUGUGUUUCUUCUCCUACCUACGUGUGUCCCGAGACGAUGCCACUGGGUUCCCUAGGCCAGGGUUCAUGGCCGUGGAACCUGUCACCCGGGCUCCCAGUGGGUCCUCCCGACAGGACACCACUCCCACGCGCCCCACCCUCCUGAUCCUGCUGUGGACGUGGCCUUUCCACAUCCCCGUGGCUCUGUCCCGCUGUUCAGAGAUGGUGCCUGCCACGGCCGACUGCCAUAUUACUGCCGAUCGCAAGGUGUACCCACAGGCAGAUGCGGUCAUCGUGCACCACCGGGAUAUCAUGUACGAUCCCAGUGCCAACCUCCCGCCCCACACUAGGCCGCAGGGGCAGCGCUGGAUCUGGUUCAGCAUGGAGUCCCCAAGCCACUGCUGGCACCUGCAGGCCCUGGACGGAUACUUCAAUCUCACCAUGUCCUACCGCAGCGACUCCGACAUCUUCACGCCCUACGGCUGGCUGGAGCCACGGUCCGGCCAGCCUGCCCACCCACCGCUCAACCUCUCGGCCAAGACCGAAUUGGUGGCCUGGGCGGUGUCCAACUGGAAGCCGGACUCGGCCAGGGUGCGCUACUACCAGAGCCUGCAGGCCCAUCUCAAGGUGGAUGUGUAUGGGAAAUCCCACAAGCCCCUACCCAGGGGGACCAUGAUGGAGACGCUGUCCCGGUACAAGUUCUACCUGGCCUUCGAGAACUCCUUGCACCCCGACUACAUCACCGAGAAGCUGUGGAGGAACGCCCUGGAGGCCUGGGCCGUGCCCGUGGUGCUGGGGCCCAGCAGAAGCAACUACGAGAGGUUCCUGCCGCCCGACGCCUUCAUCCACGUGGACGACUUCCAGAGCCCUGAGGACCUGGCCCGAUACCUGCAGGAGCUGGACAAGGACCACGCCCGCUACCUGAGCUACUUCCGCUGGCGGGAGACGCUGCGGCCUCGCUUCUCUAGCUGGGCACUGGAUUUCUGCAAGGCCUGCUGGAAACUGCAGGAGGAAUCCAGGUACCAGACGGUGCGCAGCAUAGCGGCUUGGUUCACCUGAGAGGCCAGUGUGGGGCCUGGGCUGCUGGGAACCUCAUUUUCCAGGGGCCUCACCUGAGUGGGGCCUCAUCUACCUAAGGACUCGCUUGCAUGAAACUUCACCUGCCUGGGGACUCACCUGCCUGGGGACUCAGCUGCCUGGGAUGGUCACAUAUUGCAGCUUCACCUGCCUAGGGAUUCGCCUGCCUGGGUCCUCACUUUCCUGGGACCUCACCUGCUGGAGUCUUUGGUGGCCAGGCAUGUCACUUACCUGGGAUUUCACAUGCUGGCUUCCAGGAGCGUCCCCUGCAGAAGCCUGGCCUGCUGGGGACCUCAUCUCCUGGGGACUCUGCCUACUGGGGACCUCGGCUGUUGGGGACUUUACCUGCUGGGACUUGCUCCCAGAGACCUUGCCACACUGAAUCUCACCUGCUAGGAGCCUUGCCUCCUGGGGACCUCACCCUGGAGGGCACUGGGCCCUGGGAACUGGCGCCCUUGGGGCCCCACCCAUGCGUGAUGGUUCUGGCUGAUUUGUUGGUGAAGUUGUUAGCUGCCUGUGAGGGCUGCAGAGGGACAAUGACGGUACCGUUUCCAGAUGUAAUAUUGCAAAGAAAACCGAUGAUGAGGCCGGGCGUGGUGGCUCAUGCCUGUACUCCCAGCACUUUGGGAAGCCAAGGCAGGUGGAUCAC